AUGGAUCCGCGGGCCAGGUACCCUCCCGGCAUGGGAAACGGCCGCGGCGGGAACCCUAACUACUAUGGCCGCGGUCCACCGCCACCGCAGCAUCAGCAUCACCACCAACAGACGCCGCCGCAGCAUCACCACCAGCAGCCGCGGCCACCGUCGCAGGCGCACCACCAGCAGUUCGUGCAGCGUCAGCCGCAGCCGCAGCACCACAACCAGCAACAGCAGCAGCAGCAGCAGCAGUGGCUUCGGCGCAACCAGAUCGCUGGCGAGGCCGUAGAAGCCAGCGCACAGAGGGCGCUGCCUGCUGCCGACAACAUCGAUUCAAGUUCACAAGACUGGAAGGCCCAACUGAAGCUUCCACCUCCAGAUACUCGCUACAGGACAGAGGAUGUUACUGCGACCAAGGGAAAUGAAUUCGAAGACUAUUUUCUGAAACGUGAACUACUUAUGGGAAUAUAUGAGAAAGGAUUUGAAAGGCCUUCACCUAUCCAAGAAGAAAGCAUUCCUAUUGCAUUAACUGGUAGUGACAUUCUUGCAAGAGCAAAAAAUGGAACUGGCAAAACUGCUGCAUUUUGUAUACCUGCUCUAGAAAAGAUUGACCAAGACAAAAAUGCUAUCCAAGUCGUCAUAUUGGUCCCUACAAGGGAAUUGGCUUUGCAAACUUCGCAAGUCUGCAAAGAACUUGGGAAACACCUGGAAAUUGAAGUUAUGGUCACUACUGGCGGAACCAGCCUAAAGGAUGAUAUCAUUCGGCUUUAUCAACCUGUUCAUUUACUUGUUGGGACACCUGGUCGCAUUUUGGACCUUACAAAGAAAGGCAUUUGCAUUCUGAAGGAGUGUUCAAUGCUUAUAAUGGAUGAGGCGGACAAGCUUCUUUCUCCUGAGUUCCAACCUUCUAUUGAGCAGUUGAUUCGAUACCUCCCAUCGAAUCGACAGAUUUUGAUGUUCUCAGCAACAUUCCCUGUGACCGUCAAGGAAUUCAAGGACAAAUAUCUUCCUAAACCUUAUGUUAUAAACCUUAUGGAUGAACUUACGCUUAAGGGAAUUACUCAGUUUUAUGCUUUUGUUGAAGAAAGGCAGAAAGUUCAUUGUCUUAAUACUCUCUUUUCCAAGCUGCAAAUUAACCAAUCAAUAAUAUUCUGUAACUCUGUAAAUCGUGUUGAACUUUUGGCAAAGAAGAUCACCGAGCUUGGCUACUCUUGCUUCUACAUCCAUGCUAAAAUGCUUCAAGAUCAUCGCAAUAGGGUUUUUCAUGAUUUCCGCAAUGGUGCAUGCAGGAACCUUGUGUGUACAGAUCUUUUUACAAGGGGAAUAGAUAUCCAGGCUGUCAAUGUUGUGAUCAACUUUGAUUUCCCCAAGAACGCAGAGACAUAUCUUCACAGGGUUGGUAGAUCUGGGAGGUUUGGCCACCUUGGUUUGGCUGUGAAUUUGAUCACCUACGAGGAUCGCUUUAACUUGUAUCGGAUUGAGCAAGAACUUGGAACAGAGAUAAAACCAAUACCUCCUCAGAUAGACCGGGCUAUAUACUGCCAAUAG